AUGACACAACAACAACAACCAGUUAUUAUUACAUUACCCCAAGGUUAUACAUUAAGAAGACUUAAUCUAAGUGAUUUUGAAAAUAAUUAUUGUGAAACAUUACAAGUAUUAACAACAGUUGGUGAAAUAUCUCAAAAACAAUUUAAUGAAUUAUUUCAAUAUUGGGAAUCAUUACCAGAAAUUUAUAAUCCUCAUGUUAUAACUAAUCAACAAGGUAAAAUUGUAGCUACAGGAAUGUUAUUAGUUGAAAGAAAAUUAAUUCAUUCUUGUGGUUUAGUUGGUCAUAUUGAAGAUAUAUCAGUAUUACAGACUGAACAAGGUAAAAGUUUAGGGUUAUAUAUUGUUAGAUAUUUAGCUAAUUUAGCUAAAGCAAGAGGUUGUUAUAAAGUUAUAUUGGAUUGUUCUCCUGAAAAUAUUAAAUUUUAUAAUAAAUGUGGGUUUAAUCAAUGUGGUAUAGAAAUGAGUCAAAGAUUUGAUUAA